GAUAUUGGCCGUACGCGGUAAUUUGUUCGAUCCUUCUUUCGUUCGGAGUGUCUUCGGGGUGCAACCGAGCAGCAUUUGCGGCAAACAUGGCCGGUUACCUGAAGGUCCUCAGCUCCCUCACCAAAUCUGCCGCUACACUCUCCAAAACCCCGGCGGUCCUCGCUCCUGCAACUUGCCAGAACUCACAGAAGAGGAACUAUGCUGACAAGCGAAUCAAGGUGGCUCAGCCCGUGGUGGAGAUGGAUGGAGAUGAGAUGACCAGGAUCAUCUGGGAGUUCAUCAAAGAGAAGCUCAUCCUGUCCAACGUUGAUGUGGAACUGAAGUACUUUGACUUGGGUCUACCCUAUCGUGACCAGACCGAUGAUCAGGUUACCAUCGACUCUGCAUUAGCCACCAAAAAGUACAGUGUUGCUGUUAAAUGCGCCACUAUCACUCCUGACGAAGCCAGAGUUGAAGAAUUCAAGCUGAAAAAAAUGUGGAAAAGCCCCAACGGUACUAUCAGAAACAUUCUGGGUGGCACUGUUUUCCGUGAGCCAAUCAUCUGCAAGAACAUUCCCAGACUUGUUCCUGGUUGGACACAGGCCAUCACAAUUGGCAGACACGCCUUUGGUGACCAGUAUAGAGCGACAGACUUUGUUGUGAACAAACCAGGAAAAUUUAAGGUCAGCUUCACCCCUGCUGAUGGUAGUAAGGCCCAGGAGUGGGAGGUGUAUGACUUUCCUGGUGGAGGCUGUGGUAUGGGCAUGUACAACACUGAUGAGUCCAUCACUGGUUUUGCUCACAGCUGCUUCCAGUAUGCCAUUCAGAAGAAAUGGCCCCUGUACAUGAGCACCAAAAACACUAUCCUGAAGGCAUAUGAUGGGCGCUUUAAAGACAUCUUCCAGGACAUCUUUGAGAAAAACUACAAGCCAGAGUUUGACAAGCUGAAGAUCUGGUAUGAGCACAGGCUUAUUGAUGACAUGGUGGCUCAGGUGCUGAAGUCCUCUGGUGCUUUUGUUUGGGCUUGCAAGAACUAUGAUGGAGAUGUGCAGUCAGACAUAUUGGCUCAAGGCUUUGGCUCUCUUGGACUGAUGACCUCUGUGCUCGUGUGCCCCGACGGGAAGACCAUUGAGGCUGAGGCAGCCCACGGCACUGUCACCAGGCACUAUCGUGAGCACCAGAAGGGAAGGCCUACCAGCACCAAUCCCAUUGCCAGUAUCUUUGCCUGGACGAAGGGACUGGAGCACAGGGGCAAGCUUGAUGGGAACCAAGACCUGAUCAGGUUCUCCCAGACUCUGGAGCGCGUGUGUGUGGAAACUGUGGAGAGUGGGGUCAUGACCAAGGAUCUGGCUGGUUGUAUUCAUGGCCUGUCUAAUGUUAAGCUCAAUGAGCACUACGUCAACACCACAGACUUCUUGGACGCAAUCAAGACCAACCUUGACAAGGCCCUGGGCAAAUGAAGGAAUACAGUGAAGAUGGUGAAAAGGGUCUUUUUUUGUACCUCAUUUUUAACUUAAAGUUCAUAAUAACCACAAGCAUUAAGCCUCAAGGGAGAAGUUAAAAACAAAAGUAGAAGUUGUAUUCUUAGUGCUGUUGGCUAAACUGCUGGUGCCAUCAGUCCACUCCAUCACCAUUGUCUCCUUACAACUCCAAGGUUUUAUUUUUGUAAAAUGAAGUACUGUAUGUCAAAAACUGUAUUAUACCAUGGAAAAAAAAAAAAAGGACAGCACCAUUUCAGAAACCCUCUAAUAAAUUGUUUGAACCUC